UAACUUUUUUUUCCAUCCUGCUGCUGCUGGUGGAUUCGAUUGAUUGCCUAAACUUUUACUAGAAAUUUUCCCCUAAAUCAAAGCUUUGAACAAUCUUAAAAUCAACUUUUUUUUAGUUUGUUUCCAUUACUGCAAGUUUUGCUUCGGUUCGUCUAGUUCCGUUUCAUGUAUCAACAACUGCUCCAUCGCGUCUCAUGGACCGUGCUUGAGGGAAGAAAUUCACUACGCGCAUCAAGGAGUUUGAUCACCGUCCGUCUGUCGAACAGAUUCGUUCAUAGUAGUGCCGCUGGUAGAGCGAGUAACAAGUCCGGAAGUUCCGCCACGAUGAACGCUGCCUCGCUGCCGAAGAUUGCCACGACGGCUCCGGUCACGGUUGGGGCGGACAAGCUGACACGGUUCGAUGACAUCGUAAAAUCCCAACAGGACAAUCGCCUCUAUCGGGGGUUGAGGUUGAGCAACGGGUUGAAGGUGCUGCUGAUUUCGGAUCCGACCACGGACAAGUCUGCGGCUGCGUUGGCGGUUGAGGUUGGCCACUUGAGCGAUCCGGAUGAGAUUCCGGGGUUGGCGCACUUUUGCGAGCACAUGCUGUUUCUUGGAACGAAAAAGUACAUUAACGAAAACGAUUAUAUGGCAUUUUUGUCCGAGAACGGAGGUAGCUCGAAUGCCGCCACUUAUGCCGACACGACCAAGUAUUACUUCGAUGUGGUUCCGGAGAAGCUGCAGGAGGCGUUGGACCGGUUUUCGCAGUUUUUCAUUGCGCCGUUGUUUACGGAGUCGGCCACGGAGAGGGAGAUUAAUGCGGUACAUUCGGAGCAUGAGAAGAAUCUCUCGAUGGACGUUUGGCGGAUACGGCAGGUCAACAAGUCGUUGUGCGAUCCGAAACAUCCGUACAAUAAGUUUGGAACGGGUAGCAAGAAGACGCUGCUGGAGGAUCCAAAGCUGAGCAAGAUUAACAUCCGGGAAGAGCUGAUGAAGUUCCACUCGAAGUGGUACUCGGCGAAUAUCAUGAGUUUGGCGGUAUUCGGGAAGGAAUCUCUGGACGAGCUGGAGUCGAUGGUGGUGUCGAUGUUUUCGGAUAUUGAGAACAAGAACGUGACGUCCCCUUGCUGGAAGGACCUUCCCUUUAAGGAGGAGCAUUUGGCCACGAAGACGACGGUGGUUCCGGUCAAGGACACGCGCUCGCUGACAAUCACCUUCCAAACGGAGGAUCUGGAACGGUACUACAAGGCCGGACCGGAGCACUACGUCAGUCAUCUGAUUGGCCACGAAGGAGCCGGAAGUAUUCUGUCGGAGCUGAAGGCGAAAGGUUGGUGCAACAACCUGGUCGGCGGCUACAGCACAAUCGGACGCGGGUUUGGAUUCUUCGAAGUGAUGGUAGACCUGACUCAGGACGGAUUCGACCACGUCGACGACAUCGUAAAGAUCAUUUUCCAGUACAUUCACAUGCUCAAGACGGAAGGUCCCCAAAAGUGGAUCUUUGAAGAGUACUGCGACCUGUGUGAGAUGCAGUUCCGCUUCAAAGACAAAGAGAAUCCACUCUCCUUGGUUUCCAACGUGGUCCACUCCAUGCAGAGCUAUCCGCUGGAGGAGGUCCUCGCCGCACCGUAUCUCAUUUCCGAGUGGCGUCCGGAGCUGAUCGAGGAGUUGUGGAACAAGUUCUUCCCACAGAACGCGCGCAUCACCGUCGUAGGUCAAAAGUGUGAAAGCGUCACAAAUCAGGAAGAGGAAUGGUACGGCACCAAGUACUCGAGCGAGGCCAUUCCGAAGAACGUGCUCGAAGAGUGGGCCAAACCGGAUCUUAACGCUAAUCUGCACCUGCCCGAGCGCAACCCCUUCAUCCCGACGGACUUCGAGCUGGUUCCGGUGGAUGCGGACAUCCAGAGCACGCCCGUAAUCAUCCACAAUACGCCGAUGAUCCGUGUUUGGUUCAAGCAGGACGUCGAGUUUUUGAAGCCCAAAACGUUGAUGAAUCUGGACUUUUGCUCGCCGAUCGUGUACUCCGAUCCGCUGAACUGCAACCUGACGCAUCUGUUCGUGCAGCUGUUCAAGGAUCACCUGAACGAGUAUCUGUACGCGGCCGAUUUGGCAGGGUUGCGACUGGUGGUUUCGAAUACAACGUAUGGAAUAAGUGUUUCAAUUGGCGGCUACAGCCACAAGCAGCACAUUCUGCUCGAGAAGGUGCUGGACAAUUUGUACAACUUUAAGAUCGACGAGAAGCGGUUCGACAUCCUGAAGGAGCAGUACGUGCGCAAUCUGAAGAACUACAACGCCGAGCAGCCCUACCAGCACGCGGUUUACUAUCUGGCGCUGCUGUUGACCGAGCAGGCCUGGUCCAAGCAGGAGCUGAUUGACGCGGCCGAUUUACUCUCCGUGGAUCGCCUGCGAUCGUUCAUCGACGAGCUGCUUUCUCGAAUGCACGUCGAGUGCUUCAUCUACGGCAACGUGAACAAAGAAAACGCGCUGGAAAUCUCCGGCAAGGUCGAAGACAAGCUGAAGAACACGGACGCCAGCGUGGUUCCGCUGUUGGCGCGCCAGCUGAUGCUGAAGCGAGAGUACAAGCUGAACAAUGGUGAGAAUUGUCUCUUCGAAACGAACAACGACUACCACAAGAGUUCGUGCGCCGAGCUGUACCUGCAGUGUGGCAUGCAGGACGAUCAGUCCAACGUUUUUGUCGACUUGGUUACGCAGAUCUUGAGCGAACCGUGCUACAAUCAGUUGCGCACCAAGGAGCAGCUCGGGUACAUUGUGUUUUGCGGGUCGCGCAAGUCAAACGGCGUCCAGGGCAUUCGGGUGAUCGUACAGUCUGCGAAACAUCCGGCGUACGUCGAGGAGAGGAUCGAGCACUUUUUGAAUGGAAUGAUUGAACAACUGGAAAACAUGAGCGAGGAGGAGUUCAAGCGCCACAAGGAAGCGCUGGCGGCGCAAAAGCUGGAAAAGCCCAAGCGGCUGUCGACGCAGUUUGGCAAAUUUUUGACCGAGAUUUCUCUGCAGCAGUACCACUUCAAUCGGGCCCAGGUGGAGGUCGCGUUUUUGCAGACACUGACCAAGCAGCAGAUCAUCGAGUACUAUAAGGACUACAUCAUCUUGGGAGCACCCUCCCGCCGUUCCCUCUCGAUCCACGUGGUGUCAACGGCGGAGGGCGGAGCCGGCCACCGGGACGCCCCACCCGAGGCGACCGAGCGCUCCACCAACGAAACCGCCGACGCGAAGGACUUUGUCAAGGUGUGCGAUCUGGCCAGCUUCAAAUCGACGCGCGCCCUCUACCCGAUGGUGCAGCCAUACAUCGACAUCAAACCAAAGGGCAGUAAGUGUAAGUUGUAGAUUUGUUUUUUGUUUGUUUCUUUUUGGAGUUGUUUUAGGUUAAUCAUAUCCGUUUAGACUCUUCAGUUUUUGGUGCUAGCCCUUUUUGCACCAUUUAUAGAUGAAUUUUGUUAUCUUUUUUGUAGAUAUUUUUGUUGUAUAAUUUGUUUGAAGUAUAAAAAAAACCCAGGCAAGCAGCUGUCAGUAAUAAACCCAACUAUAUAAUCAGAGUUUAAAGUACUUAACGUGCGAGUUCACUCAGAGAGUUUCAGAUUUAUUGUUAAGCCAUAAAAUACAAAAUUGCACCAAAAUUUAAAUAUCAUGGAAAGUAGCUUAGCCGAAGGAUUGGGUUCACAGAUAGAUGACGACCUCGACGAGUAUUUUGUCCUGUUUCAAGUAAGAGUUGGUCAGCAAGGCCCGGUACGGGAUUGUGAACCCCGUAUUUGUGUUCCAAAACUCGUGCGAAUUGAGGUCACUGAAUGGUACUCCCUGUGAAAUGAA